GGUGAAACAGCAGCUGCGGCGGGUGGAGAAGACCCCGUGCCUGGGGGCAAGCAGAAGAACAGCCCAGCAGCCGAGAGCCCAGCGGGAGCGGCUGGAGAGAAGCCGAAGCCGCCGCUGACCAGGAAGCAGUGGAGGAACCGGCGGAAGAACAAGAGGCGGCAGAAGAACAAGUUCAAGGCCGGGGGAGGCCGGGACGCCGCGGAGCCACCCGGCAGCCCGCCCCUUGAGGCCGCGGAGCCGCCCGGCUGCCUGCCUCUCGAAGCCUCCCUGCUGCCGCCGGAGGAGGAGCCCCUGGGCGGCCGAGCAGCUUCCCUGCGGCUGCAGCUGCAGGAGCGGCUGGAUUCGGCCCGCUUCCGCUACAUUAACCAGCAGCUGUACACCCGCCCCAGCCACGAGGCGGCCCGCCUCUUCCAGGAAGACCCCGAAGCCUUCGCCGUCUACCAUCGAGGCUUCGCCCAGCAGGUGGCACGCUGGCCCGAAAACCCCCUGCAGCGCUUUGUCCGGUACCUCCGCAAUAGGCCCGCUUUGUUGGUGGUGGCGGACUUUGGCUGCGGCGAUUGCACACUGGCCCGCAGCAUUCGGAACAAAGUGCACUGCUUCGAUGUGGUGGCCCUGGACCCCCGUGUCACUGUCUGCGACAUGUCUCAGGUGCCCCUGGAAGCUGCAUCCGUGGACGUGGUGGUUUUCUGCUUGGCACUCAUGGGAACUAACCUGUGUGAGAUCCUGGAAGAGGCCAAUCGGGUGCUGCGAGUUGGGUAA